UUCUCCUCUGCGCCACUUCUGUCCUCCCCACCCCCCACCACCACCACCGCAGAGAUCGCCGGCGACGGCGACGCGAUGGCAGCGUCGGCCCUGGCGGCGUCGGCGGCGGCGAGCCAGUCCAUGAGGAACCGCGAGAUCCUCGACGCCGUGGGCACCACCGCGGCGGCGCUCUCGCUCGCCGGCUCCUCCUUCAUCGUGCUCUGCUACCUCCUCUUCCGCGAGCUCCGCAAGUUCUCCUUCAAGCUCGUCUACUUCCUCGCCGUCGCGGAUAUGCUUUGCAGCUUAUUUACUAUAAUGGGGGGCCCAGCAAAUGCAUUCUAUUGCUUUGCGCAUGACUACAGUGCACAUUUCUUCUGUGUGGCUUCUUUUCUAUGGACAACCACUAUAGCAUUCACUCUUCAUCGCACGGUUGUCAAGCACAAAACUGAUGUUGAGGAGUUUGGAUUCAUUUUCCACUUGUAUGUAUGGGGAACUUCACUAGUUACAACUGUAUUACGUUCAAUAGGAAGUGAUUACGGAAGGCCAGGGACCUGGUGUUGGAUCCAGCAGGGAAGCAUGGGAAAGAUCUUACACUUGAUUACCUUUUACCUUCCACUUUGGGGUGCCAUUCUCUACAAUGGGUUUACGUACUAUCAAGUAAACCGCAUGUUGAACAAUGCGACACGGAUGGCUGUUGGCAUGAGUGAUCGAUCAAGUCAAUCUGACGUGAGGGCGGACAAGAAGGCAUUUAACCGGUGGGGUUAUUACCCUCUGAUUUUAAUCGGUUCAUGGGCUUUCGCGACAAUCAAUCGCCUGUAUGACUUUGCUAAUCCUGGUCACAAGAUAUUUUGGCUAUCCAUCCUUGAUAUUGGGUUUGCUGGACUUAUGGGCCUUUUCAAUUCGAUUGCUUACGGCCUCAACUCCUCAGUGCGCAGAGCAAUUGCAGAAAGAAUUGACAUGUAUCUACCCGAGAGAAUCAAAAGGAGCCUCCCUACUUUGUCAAGAUUGAGAAGUCAACAAGAAAAUGAGCUGACAUCUCUUAUUGUUGAGAGUAAUAACAGAUUCAACAAUGCGAGUAACACCUAGGAGUUCUCUGGCUGGCCGAGUUUGUUCAUAUCUUUCGGGCUCUUCGUCAAGAGGAGGGUGUAUUAGUGUGUACCAUUUACAUCACUUUAGGAGCAGAUGCUUAGCACUUACACUGACAUUUGGCAAAUCGGGUUGUCCGCGGUACAUAAGAGGUUGUUAGGAGAUAGCCAACAGUGGGUAGAUACUCUGAUGUUCAUCUGUGACCUGUAGGUAAGUUGGUGAGAUUGCCGUUCUUCUGGGCGCGCCCUCCUGAGAACUCGUCUCAUCGGCUUGGCGAAACUGACUACGUACUGAUUACUCUUGUAUACUAGCACUGUUCCAUACAGUUCUUCAACCAUUUGGGGUAUGGUUUCACCUUGGUUUCUGCCUAGAAUGUACUCUUCUGAUUUUGGCCAUAAAAAGAAUACUGACCCCUUUUUUUUUA